CCUGCCUUUGAAUUUGGUUGACAAUUCUGGGAGAAAUGAGGUGCCUAUAGUCAAACUUAAAAACCUCCCAUUUUCAAUUUGACUUAUGUGGAAAGGAAGUCGUAAGAUGCAUUCCCUUUUUGUUUGAAAUUCAUGAAUUGAUUUUAGUAAUUUCUUUAUUCAGCGUAAUUAUACAGUUAUACAUUGAAUGGCUUGAGUAUGUACCCGCAUGAGCUGGAACAUUAUAGGUAUAUAUACUAAUUAAGUACCAUACCUGCUCCUGCGCAAGUGCAUCUAUGCAGCUAAUAAAACACAUUGUAACACCCACCACGCCUUGUGCAAGCGCCCUCAGAAUGAUAUUCCAUAGCCAACAAGUACUUUUGUAAAAUUGACGCGUUUGAAAGAAGAAUAAUCGCCGUCAAUUAAGGAUAAGUGUCACUUCUGUCAGUUAUGUUAUCAAAAUGUAGUCUAAAUUUUAAAAUAUAAAUAACAAAGUAAAAUAUAACAAAAUGCCUACUUUUCCUCUGGCUAUGAAGAGACGUCGACUGUAUACUGAUGUUGGCUGCUCCGUGUUUGAGGUCAUGGUAGUGGUAUCAUGACCGAAUUGAAAACAACACCAUCAGAGGAAAAUACUUUGUUGACUAAAGGAUACAAAUUGAGUAAAUUUAUAGGUGAAGGUGCUUACGCUAAGGUGUUUUUAACAGAAUACUCAUCGAAAGACAGUGAUGCCAAAUCUACACUCGCUUGCAAAAUAAUCGAGACCUCCAAAGCUCCCAAGGAAUUCGUCGUGAAGUUUUUACCUCGCGAAAUAGAUGUAUUGAUACGUUUAAAUCACCCUCAUCUCAUACACAUUCACAGCAUAUUUCAGAGGAAGACCAAAUAUUACAUUUUUAUGCGAUACAGUGAAAAUGGUGACCUUUUAGGGCAUAUCUUGAAAAAUGGAUGUAUGUCGGAAAACCAAUCUCGAGUGUGGAUGCGACAAUUGGCACUCGGCCUGCAGUAUAUGCACGAAAUGGAGAUCGCGCAUCGAGAUAUCAAAUGUGAAAAUAUUCUGUUGACAGCGAAUUUUAACGUGAAGCUUUCCGAUUUUGGGUUCUCGAGGUUUUGUGUGGACUUGGAUAAUCAACCAGUUUUGAGUGAAACUUACUGUGGAUCUAUGUCGUACGCCGCUCCGGAGAUUCUGCGCGGGAAGCCAUACGCGCCGAAGCAGACGGAUCUGUGGUCGCUGGGCGUGGUGAUGUUCGUGAUGCUCAACAAGGCCAUGCCCUUCGACGACACGCGAAUGCGAAAGCUGUACGAACAGCAGAUGAGCAAGAAGUACCGAUUUCGGUCGCGUGUGGCGCCCACGCUCUCAGUCGAGUGCAAGACUGUAGUGAAGUAUCUCUUGGAGCCAGACCCGGGGCUGCGGUACACGGCCGUGCAAGUCUUGAACUCCGAGUGGAUCGCUAUGGAUAGCAGGCUUACUACUAUGAAUGCGGUGGAAACGGCAGCUCUAAAGCGAGCUAAGGAGCAACAUAGAAGAAUGUCAGAUCCACGCAAAAGCGUUGUCAAAAAGCACGGCGACAUUUUAAACAAUCCCAUAAGAGAUUCAACGCAUAGAGCCAGUGAAGUGAUCAAGUCUCUGGCUAAUCUAACUGCAAAACAGAAGCCAUUCUGAGAUUAAAUGGAGGGUCAAUCAACGGUAUACCUCGCAGAGUACAAGAAUCCUAAUAAACACGAUGCCAUAUCCGUUUUGGCUUGCAAAGUCAUUGACACUAGCGUAGCGCCGAAAGAUUUUGUUAAGAAAUUUUUACCU